AAUUCGGAAUUUAGUCUAUCCAACCCAAAAUAAAACAUAUGGCGCAAUUUUUUUCAAGAUGGAGGGUAAUUUUUAAAAGAUGUUUCAUUGUCAAAAAUUCGAAAUUCAAAAAGACAAAAAAUUCUCAUAGAAAAUAGAAUAGUACUACUUGUAUGCGCAAAAGUCCACACACGGCAAUAAAAAAAAAAGAAAAAAAAAAAAAGAAAAAAAGUGACUUCACUCUUCCCUGAAACCUGCUGACCUCAUUUUCCACAAACCUCUAUUGAGCAAGAACAUCCUCUAACAAUGGCGGAAAAAGCUCAGGAUAACCAAACGGCGCUCGAUAUCGAGUCACAAAUCAAGUCCGCCAUUAAUUCUCGUUCCUCUUACUUCCAAGAACAAGCCGAUUCUUUGACGUUUGAGAAAGUGCGAAGGUUACUUGAGAAGGAUUUAGGGUUAGAGACUCACGCUUUGGAUACUCAUAAACGAUUUGUUAAACAAUGGCUUCAAACGUGCAUAGAAUCUGCUACUUCUGAUAACUUGUCCAAGAGCCAAGAUGAAGCUGGGGAGAAUGUUGUUUCCUCAACUGACGAACCACAACCUGUAGAUGAUCUUCAAGCAAAAAACGAAGCAGAGGAGGCUAACGCUGGAGGUGUACAAACAAUGGAAGACUCUCCUGUUAUGGGUCUCAUGACAGGUCAUAAGAAAGAAAAACCUAAUGUUGAUGCUGAAGACACUGAAAGCAAACUUGUCCCAGAUGAAAUCACAAUAAAGAAGGCCAUUUGGGCUAGAGCUUCUUAUCUCAGAGAAAAUUCUGAGAAUAUUACAUUGGUUGGACUACGUCGGCUCCUGGAGGAAGACUUAGCAUUCAAAAAACAUUCAUUGGAUCCGUUCAAGAAGUUUAUCGGUCAGGAAGUGGAUGAGAUAUUAAACUUAUCUGAUGUUCCUCAAUCCACUGAGAGUGAGAAGAAGAAGAAUUUUAAGAAAAAUUCUUCUCGAAAAAUCUCUUCCAAUUCUAGAAAAGAGGAAACAGCUGCUUCUUCAGGGAAUGAAAGUGAUGAGGUUGAAGAAGAGGAAGUGAAAGUUAGAAAGAGAAGUGCUACCAAAAGAAAGCCACAGAAAACAGAGUCAGUCAAAAAACGUAAAAAGACCGAGGAGGACACAAAAGGAGCUAAAAGAAAACAAAGUAAGGUUUCAAAAUCUACAUCAGAGGGAAGUGGUGAGGAGGAAGGCAGACAUGUUUCUGACAAUGAUAAUUCUGAUUCAUCUGCUGAGAAACCUAAGAAGAAGAAAGAAGUUCCUAAACCACCCUCAUAUGGAAAGCAAGUGGAGCGUUUAAAAUCAGUGAUCAAAUCUUGUGGCUUGAGUAUUUCCCCUGCUAUAUACAAGAAAGUUAAACAGGCUCCUGAAAACAAGCGUGAAUCCUGCUUGAUGAAAGAGCUUGAAGAGAUGCUUGCGAAGGAGGGAUUGUCUACUAACCCUUCUGAAAAAGAGAUCAAGGAUGUAAAGAAAAGGAAGGAAAGAGCAAAAGAACUUGAAGGCAUAGAUUUAAGCAAUAUUGUUUCAAGUGGUCGCCGACGAUCUACCACCAGCUUUAUACCUCCACCUAAGCCCAAAAUUCCAGAUCUCAGUGAAAGUGAAUCAGAAGAAAGUGAGAAUGAUGAUGAUGAGGAUGAAGAAGAAGAAGGGGAUGAGGAAGCAGAAAAUGUGGAGGCUGAUGAAAACCAGGAGAAUGGUGGUAAUGACAGUCAAAGUGAGGCAUCUGACAAAAGUAAUAGCGAAUAGUGAUUGAUCCUGGACGGUUCACUUGAAGGACCAAUGACGAGGAAUUUGAUAGGUAUAGGAUGAAUAUGUAUUUAUGCUGCUUUUUUAGUGCUUACAGUUUUCUUAAAAUUAGGAAGAGAGUAUUUAGUUCACAAAUCUGAUUUUAGAGGUUGAUAAAUAGGAACUCUGUCAGAGGAAGAUGGCUAGAAUUCUGGAAAAAACUUUGUACUCUGCAUUUCAAAGAUGCAUUUUUUUGUUGUGUUAUUGGUCAUAAUUGUUCUAUAUAUUUAUAUAAGUGGACGGUAUUGAAAAGAGCUUUGUAUUCUGCAAUUCAAAGAUACAUUUUUUGUUGUGUAAUUGGUCAUAAUUGUUCUGUAUA